AUGGAGAUCAAGUGGUCAGCUGCUGAUACAACAACCAUUUUACAAACCAUGUCUUAUAAUCAAUUUGAGGAAGUUUUACUUCCACAACAUUUACAUGUUAUGGAGCAUAUUGACUAUGAAAAUACAACAAAUAAUUCAAUUCAUCAAAGAUUAAUGAAUGUAAUGAGAGAAUUGGUAGAUGAUGAAUUUGAUGAUGAAAUUACAUUUAAAACAUUGGUUGGAGGUGUAACCAAUACAUUAUUCAAAGCAACAUUUAAAAAUAGCGAGGGAAAUUAUAAAAGUAUUAUCAUUAGAUUAUAUGGAAAGGCAAGCGAAAACUUUAUCGAUCGUAAACAAGAGUCACAUAUCCAAAGACUAUUAAGUGACAAUGGAGUCGGACCAAAAUUCUAUGGAACCUUUUCAAAUGGUUGUAUCUAUGGUUUUGUCGAAGGUGAUCAACUUCAAUUAGAGGAUUUAGAAAGUGAUAAUAUCCUUAACCUCAUUGCAAUGGAAACAAGUAAAUGGCAUUCAAUGGCUUUAGAAGGUUUAAAAACCGAACCAACUACUUUUUCUUAUUUAACUUCUUGGAUUGAUUCAACAAAACAAUUAUUAUUAAAAAAUAGUAGUUUUGAUUGUGGAAUUGAUAUUGAUUAUUAUGUAAAAGAGGCAAAUUAUUUAAUGGAAUUUUUAAAAUCAAGAUAUAACCAACCACAUCAUAUUGUAUUUUGUCAUAAUGAUUUAAUUCCUCGUAAUAUGAUUUAUAACAAGGAAAAAAAUAUUGUAAAAUAUAUAGAUUUUGAAUAUUCUGGUUAUAAUUUUAGAGGAUUUGAUUUAGGCAAUUUCUUUUGUGAAUUUUCAGGAUUGGAUUUAGAUUAUACUAGAUAUCCAAGUGUACAAAAACAAAAACAAUUUAUUCGAUAUUAUUUAAAGGCAUUACAUAGUUUGGACGACUUGUCCAAGGUUGAUGAAACCGAGGUACACCAACUCUACGUUGAAGCCAACCACUUUACAUUGGCCUCACACCUAAUGUGGGGAUUCUGGGGCAUCAUCUCACACUUUGGAUCGACCAUUGAUUUUGAUUACAUUGAUUAUGCAAACAAACGUUUCAAACAAUAUGAUCUUGUAAAGAAAAAAGUUUAUUCUAUUAUUUAA